AUGGACUCGCCAAAUUCAGCUUCUUCCUCAUCUACCGCUCUAUACGACGAGUGGGCGCUCGUGGACGAUGCAGCAGAAAUCGUCGCGUCGAUAAAUAGCGAAGCGAAGCUAGAAGGUUUGGAGAACGAGGACAAAGCGACUGAAGCAACAAGCCACGAGGUUCCUCAAGGUUUCCUUCCCAUUCGUUUACGACAAGGCGAAGAGAUUCGGCCGGCGUGGUUCAAGGCCACGCAACAAGUUGAUGAUUUUGCUAGCAAGUUCUUCGCGGAGGAGCUCGCUCGUGGCAAGAAGAUUAGACUCAUUUACAUGGGCAUGCUGCUGCUUCCCAGUCGUACCAUGGGUGAGUACGGCAUUGAGGAAAAUGGAGUGAUCCAUAGUAUUAUCACGGAUGCGGUGCCAGCGCCCCACCCGCAUGCAGUGCUACAGGCGAACCUAAAGACCUUGAGUCCGCAGAACUCGCUGCUAGUUCUCACAGGUGUCUUUCUCUACGGUCUAUGGACGGUAUUAUACUACUUUCCGCAGUUCUUUUCAUGGACAUCGAUCGUGGUGCUGUCACUCUUCAGUGCGAUGCAUAUUUCGGCUACGGUCUCACGUAUCACGUCUUAA